GGACUGAGCGCCUCGCGGAGCUUUAGUCAUUCGAGGAGCGACCGGCGAGUCGGUAGGACGUGUAGAGGAGGGAGACACCAGUUCUUGUCAGUAUCCCACCGACCGCGCGCGCGAGUGUGUUACGCAGCAUUGUACGUGACAGAGACGAGUGUGAUUUACGUGUGCAGUGCGCCCUGGUGCUUAUGGACGUGACCCGGCUGGACCGCUCCGUAUCGUGUGCCACGAUGCCGCGGUCCUUCCUCAUCAAGAAGAAGAACUACAGCCACUGCCCGCUGAAGAAGAGGCCCGUGCACGACUUCAUGAUCAAGGAGGAAAAAGAUGAGGACAACUCGGAGCCCGAGAACCUCAGCACGAAGCCGCAGGACCUGAGCGUCAGCUCCGCGGCGGCGUCUUCGACGGGUCCGCCGCAGCCGCAGCCCCAGCCGCCGCCCACGCACACGGUGCACUGCCCCAAGCCGCUGACGCCGCCCGCCGCCGUGGCGCUCAUCUCGGCCGCGUCCGCCGCCGCCGCGGCCGCCUCCAAGGCGUCGACGCCGCCGCCGACGCCGCCGUGCAGCUCGGCCGUGCACCAGCCGACGCCGGUGGCCGGCCACCACUUCCUGGCGAGCAAGGGCGGCCCCCUGGAGCCGCUUAGCCUCAACACAGCGGCGACGCCGUCUCACGCUGACUACCUGCAGCCGUGGCACCACUACCAGCAGGCGCCGCCGCCCUACGUGGGCUGGUACCCGCCGCACCCCGCCGACCACGCGCUCUUCCACCCCGCGGCGCACCACCACCACCACCACCACUCGCACCACCACGCCCAGCACCACCACUCGCAGCCGUACGCGCCGCUGCCGUUCGCGCCCGUGUCGCCACCGGCGCCGCCCCCGGGCCCCUCGCCGCACGUGUUUUCGCCGGUGGCGGUGGUGGCGCCGCCGCCCAAGCUGUUUCUGCCGUACGCGGGCCCCGCCGGCCUGUCGCCCACCUCGUCCUCCAGCAGCUUCCAGCAGCCGCCGUCGCCCGAGGACCUCAGCUCGCCGGGCAGCGUGAGCAGCGCCAGCAGCUCCAGCGGGGGCGGCAGCUCGGGGGCGGGCAGCGGCAGCAAGAAGAGCCGCGCCCCCAAGGAGGCGGCGGCCGGCGGCGGCCGCUACGAGUGCCCCGACUGCGGCAAGGCCUACUCCACCUACUCGGGGCUCGCCAAGCACCGCCAGUUCCACUGCAGCGCCGCCUCCGGCGCGCAGGCCGUCAAGAAGUCCUUCAGCUGCAAGUUCUGCGAAAAGGUGUACGUGUCGCUGGGCGCGCUCAAGAUGCACAUCCGCACGCACACGCUGCCGUGCAAGUGCAACAUGUGCGGCAAGGCGUUCUCGCGGCCGUGGCUGCUGCAGGGCCACAUCCGCACGCACACCGGCGAGAAGCCCUUCUCGUGCCAGCACUGUUCCCGCGCCUUCGCCGACCGCUCCAACCUGCGCGCGCACCUGCAGACGCACUCCGACGUCAAGAAGUACUCGUGCGCGCUCUGCGGCAAGACGUUCUCGCGCAUGUCGCUGCUGUCCAAGCACGCCGACAGCGGCUGCCCCGGCGCCGGGCCCGGCGUGGGCGGCGGCGCCUGCCCCGCGUCGCCCGCGAGCCAGUCGCCGCCCCCGCCCGCCCCCGCGAUGCACCUCGACGAGCGCGUCAACAGCGCCACUGCCGUCGCCGCCGGCUACCACUAGCCGACAGACGCACUCUGCGCUCGUCGGGCGCGAACGCGCGUCUUCCUGUCCGCUGCUUCGCCUCCAGUGGUUUGCGAGCCCCGAGGUGAACAGACGCUCCACGGCCGACCGCUCCCGCACCAGUUACGGGAGGGAGAACUGGUACACCAUCUCCUGCCACCAGAACCAUCAUCACAGAGCAAAGCUCCACCAGUUACACGGAUACCAACAAAUCUUGCAUCUGCCGUCUCUUAAAAACUUCGUCGCCAAGUCCUGAAACUCUGCGAAGAUCGACUAUCAGUCGUCUAUCUGAUAAACAUUAAGAUAUAAUGUGUAACCACCGAUUUCCAUUACGGUUGUCUGAUGCGCCUAUCACUCCACUGCAUUUCGUGCAGCUGUAGCCCAUUUCCCAUUUAUUGAUCCCAUUUCCCAUUUGUUGACCAAUCCUGGACACCUGCUUCAGCCAGAGGAAAAUUUGAUGCUGGAGCCCCAGACAGAGCCAAAGUUUCACUGACUCCAUGUACCUACACCGCAACAUUCUCUCUAUAUUAAAUUCUGAAGGACUUGGCGCACACGAAGCAAGUGGACGAUGCUGAUCUACUUUACGAGCUCCAGGGAGCAGAGCGGUUGAAUUACGGACUGUGUUCGUGUUUUGAGCCGCAGCGCCGGCGUUCUGCCUCAUAAAGAUUGUUAAUGUGGCGUGAUAAAUGCACCUGUCACUCCAUGUAUGCCCAUUUCUUGUCGUUUAAACUGUGUAAACAUGUGAAAAACUGGCUGUUUGCGCUUAGAACGUGUCCGGAUGCCUCGGCGGUAGUCCGCAGAAAACCGACCGCCCAGGCGCAUAACUCGUUCUAAACGAUCGUAUUAUUAAGAUGACCUUUAACGAAAACUCCGUGGGGAGUGUGUCGAUUUACGUAACUGGUGCCUUGCCUUGCCUGGCCUACAUUUGUUAUACAUAUCUGGCGUUGCGGCGCACAUUUUAUCGUUUCCAGGAAUCUCAAUUUCUGUAACUCCAAGGUCUUCCACCGGAGCUUAUAUCGCGUACGAAGUGCCUUUAAGAGUAUACAUAUCAGAGAGGAAACUCUGAAGUUUUAUACAUAUACUGCCUUCACCGAGAUUUGGUGAUCUAUUUUAUAAUCGACUAUUUUUUUUUUUUUAUAAACUACAGUUUCCCACCGCCCACCGAGCUCUUUGUCUUCGGGAGAAAAACAGUAGCUUAUUGUAUCUCUUCCACAGUCGACAUUCCACGAUAUAUUUAUUUUUUUAUUCCUCUUUCUCUGUCGUUUGCACGUGGCUUGUGUGUGGCGUCGAACGCGUGACUGAGGGAUCUCCCACUGCACGUGCUCUCUUCCCUCUUCGUCACCACUACUGGUACCGCACGCCCUGUUGCCUCGCCUAUUCCUACUGCCCCACCGAUAGACUGCCAGCCAGCCAGGCGCGACGCGUGGGUUACUCCCAGACGUUGCUGCUGAUGACGCAUUGUCUCAGCAGAGCGAAACGCCCGCUGCGGACUAGAGCACGCCCCACCCACGCGCCACUAAUAAUCGUUCUUCCUGUCGUGUGCGCACCCGUGCUGGCUUUCGCGCAGUAUCCUCCCUUUGUUUACUAACGAUAAAAUAUUAAAAAAAUAAAGGUAGUAAACUUAUUCCAAAAAGACUGAUCUUUUGUAAUUCUCUAUUUCUUAUUUUGACAAACGGAUUGGUGCUUUUUUUUUCGACCGAGACAGAGUACAAACGAUUAAGCGGCCUAACUGCUGACGCCUGCCAUUUCUUUCCGCUAAAUCUAUUACUUUUAAUUACCGCAACCAUUCUGUCCGGCGUUCUUUUAUUUUCCACGUACGAUGAUGCCAUUGCAAUUGUUGUAAGUCAUUAUUUUGUAAGGAAUUAUAAUUUUUAUACAUAUAUAUAUAUAUUUUUGGUGAUCUUUUCUUCGUACUCUUCCUUCUCUAGCACAAAACUGCCAACUUGCACGUCCCUAUGUAUAUAGCCCUUUUGUAUUAUACCUUUCUGACGCCAUUUCUCGUUCUUGGUGUUUUAAUCUGUCUUUUGUAUUUAAAAGUAAUGUUAUUAUUGACAAGGUUAUGCCCGCCGCAUUAUUCGCGGCGGAGCAUGCCAUUAUAAAGCUAGUCAUGAAGGGCGAAAGGAACUUUCGUAUUAAUUAAAAAAGGAGAGCUGUGUUUUUUUAUAACGUGUUAUGAAAAGUUGAAAUAGCCCUUUUUGUGGAGUGCCAUUGGCAUCUAUUUUGUAUCAUUCAUACAGAUUUAUAUUAUAAAACAGAUAUUUUAUACGAUUGUAAUAAAUAUGUUUUUGAACAUUUA